CUAAUACGAACGACGCCACUAGGGGCGGGCCCUAGAGGGGCGCAAGCGCACUGCGUUGGGAGUCUCGGGACCCUUUUCCGAGAGACUAUGGCGCUCAACAAGAAUCACUCGGAGGGCGGCGGAGUGAUCGUCAACAACACCGAGAGCAUCCUGAUGACUUAUGAUCAUGUGGAACUUACAUUCAGUGACAUGAAGAACGUGCCCGAGGCCUUCAAAGGGACCAAGAAAGGCACCGUCUACCUUACCCCGUACCGGGUCAUCUUUCUGUCCAAAGGCAAGGAUGCCAUGCAGUCCUUCAUGAUGCCGUUUUAUCUGAUGAAGGACUGUGAGAUCAAGCAGCCCGUGUUUGGAGCAAAUUACAUCAAAGGAACGGUGCAGGCUGAAGCAGGAGGUGGCUGGGAAGGCUCUGCGUCAUACAAGUUGACCUUUACGGCAGGGGGCGCCAUCGAGUUUGGACAGCGGAUGCUACAGGUGGUAUCUCAAGAGUUCUAUCCAGGACCUCCCAUGAUGGACGGGGCCAUGGGGUAUGUGCAGCCUCCACCACCACCCUAUCCUGGGCCCAUGGAACCUCCAGUCAGCGGCCCUGAUGUCCCCUCCACUCCUGCAGCUGAAGCCAAGGCUGCAGAAGCAGCGGCCAGCGCCUAUUACAACCCGGGCAACCCACACAACGUCUACAUGCCCACGAACCAGCCUCCGCCACCUCCUUACUACCCCCCAGAAGAUAAGAAGACCCAAUAGACCCCUCCUGCCCCUGCCUCCCAUCCCUCAUCACUCUUCCCUUCCCUUCCCUUCCCCUUGGGGCUGAGGCUGGGGCUAGGGGGGUGACGGAAGGGCCUUGUUCUUCCUCCAGGUCUGAUUAUAAAACACUUCGCAGGGACUGGUGUUGAGGGGAGGCGGGGGCCCCUUGACUUGGGAGCUGUGCCUCCCCGCUUCUCAAGCUAGCUCGGAGCCCACGGCGCCGCUUGGAUGCGCUUCCCUCUCACUGUGUCUGGGGCUCUGCUCAGGAGCGUGGGCAUCCAUCUCGCUCCUGUCUUGCUCUAGUAGCUUCACGCCCAUGGAAGGAUUCUGGCCACCUCCUCUACCGCAGUCCAGCUCCCUCGUUUUGGAAUCCAGUUUAUAUUCAGCCUUGUGACCUCCCUCAGACCAGCCUCGCGUCUUCCUGAGGGCCCCCGCCGGGCCCCCCUCACAUCCCCUCCACUCUGGUCUCUGCCUCCCCAUGGAAGGCCA